GUGUAAUGUAUGUGUGGCGAAUGGCAGCGAUAACACCAAACGCCAGACGAGAGAGAGGGAGAGAGAGUACGACACGUUCCGAAAGGGGAGAGGCCGAAAGCACAUGCCAAGCAUCCAGCCCCUUUGUUUUAGUCCAAUUAGUUGGCCAACCCCCCCAGAGACAGUGGGGAAAAAACAGGAUUCCUUUGGAGGAGAUGCAUCCUCCCUCCUCCCGAGUCUUGACUAUAUCCUUUCUCCCUCCCUCCCCCAGCUUUGCUCUGCGUUUGAUGCCCGCAAAACUUUCAGACACCAUCCCCUGAAAGCUGAAAGCUGAAAGCUGAAAGCUGAGCCGUAAAAGCAAGGCACCGCCCAGCUCAGAGAGAGAGAGAGAGAGGACAGGAGAUGGGUGGUUCGAGUCCGUUCAAAGACCGCAGCAACAGCCACCACUCGGCCUCCUUCUCCUCCUCCUUCUGGAGGUACUUGACCUACACCGUCUACGCCAUCCUCCCCAUCGCUCUCUUCCGCCUCUACUUCUACCCUCUCCCUCUCCCCCAGUCCCCCACCGACCGCCUCCCUCUGUCCGACCACAUCCUCGUCGCGCCUUCCCUCUCCUCCCCCCCUCCAGCUGAAAAGGCAGGAGGCGAUGCUACCGCUGAAGCCCCUCCUCUUCUUCUUCCUCCUCCUGCUCCUCCUGUCUGUGACUACACCAAUGGCAAGUGGGUCCACGACAAGGUGGGCCCUCUGUACAAUGGGACGACUUGUGGCACCAUAAAGGAUGGCCAGAAUUGCAUCGCCCACGGCAGGCCUGAUUUGGAGUACCUCUACUGGAGGUGGGAGCCCCAUCAAUGCCACCUGCCCAGGUUUCAGCCCCUCGAGUUUCUCCAACUUCUCAGGAACAAAAAUGUCGCCUUUGUCGGUGACUCCAUGGCCAGGAACCAGCUGGAGUCCCUCAUCUGCAUGCUGUCCUCCGUCUCUGAACCCACCCUCGUGUAUACAAAUGGGGAGGACAACAAAUUUAGGAAGUGGCAUUUCGCCGGCCACAACAUGACCAUUUCGGUUUACUGGUCGCCUUUUCUGGUUAAGGGUGUGGAGAAAUCCAGCUCAGGGCCGGAUCACAACGAGCUGUAUUUGGACACUGUGGACGAGAGGUGGGCAGCUGAUUUGGGUUCGCUGGACAUGGUGGUUCUGUCGGUCGGCCAUUGGUUUCUUCACCCUGCCGUGUAUUUUGAGGGUGGUUCUGCCCUGGGUUGCCAUUACUGCCCCGGCUUGAACCAUACCGAAAUCGGUUUCUACGAUGUGUUGAGGAAGGCCUUGAGGACGACGCUUAAGGCCCUGAUUGCUAGGACCAGGGCUAGCGGCAGAUCGACGGAGGCGUUCGUGACGACGUUCUCGCCCUCGCAUUUUGAGGGCGACUGGGACAAGUUCGGUGCUUGUCCCAAGACGAAGCCUUAUCAAGAAGGCGAGAAGCUGCUCGAAGGAAUGGAUGCGGAGAUGAGAAAAAUCGAGGUGGAGGAAGUGGAGGCCUCGAAAGCGGAUGCGAGGGAAUUCUCGGGGUUCAGGCUCGAGGCAUUGGACAUAUCCAAAUUGUCGUUUAUGCGGCCGGACGGCCAUCCGGGUCCAUACAUGUACCCGUUCCCGUUUGCCGACGGGGUGAAGGAUCGCGUGCAGAACGAUUGCGUCCAUUGGUGCUUGCCAGGGCCCGUAGACACAUGGAACGGGAUAUUGUUAGAGGUGAUCAAGAGAUGGAACGGCGGAGAGACGACCGAGUGAUCUCUAUGCCGAGCACGACGAAAUGUCAUCAAUCAUCAUCCGAUGACUUUGGCAGCAGCUUGGUGGUGAUUUUUAUCUCCGAAUCGAGACUAAUAAACGAGAGGUAGAAUGAUGACACGGUUCUGUCUCCGACGAAAUGCAGGGACCAUACAUUGAUCACUAAGAAGGAAGACAAUGGGAAUGAUUUGAGGAAACUGAAGGAAGAAGGUUCUAUUGUUGCCAGAGAAAGGAGACUGUUUGGAAGAUAGUGUCCUCUUCGCCCUUAUGUACAAAAUUGAUUCCACAGCUAAUAUCAUAAACCGGAUUGUCCUUGGCCAGUUCUUUGUUCUGUUCAUAUACAGAGAAUUUCAUCUCGGUUAGCUUUGGGCAAAUAUGUUUUGUCUUGAAAGGACCUUGUGGCUCCACCACGCUGGUUUGUCUUUAUUUUGAGAAUUCAAAUUUCUUCUGGUUCUUGAGUUUUUAUUCUUCCAUCUGAAGUUUCUAGAUUACACAAGAGACACGAGCGCCACUAUUUGUAGAUCCACAAGAUGUUAUUCUAAAUUCCAGCGAGUAUGUACUGGUUUCACGGUCUAAUGGACCCGGCCUUUGGCCCGAUCUGCACAUUGAAAUUGCUUGAAAGAAACUCUUGGGAA